UUUAUUUUAAUUUUUGCGUUUUCUUUGGAACCAGUACGUUUUCUUUGGAACCAAAAUACUGGAAAGUGUGAUGCUGUGAUUUUCCUUUCAUUUUAAUUUCACUUCCAUCAGUUUCGUUUCUUAGCAACCAAACAGGAUUCGUUCAUUUUUGUUCUUUCGGCUAUUUUUCUUUUCUGGGAAAUCGGGAAAAUAGUCGUUCUACAGGAACACAAAUCCUUGAAGAUGAGUGGGGUUUUAAAAUUUUUCUUGAUUUCUUGAAUGUUUGUAGGAUUGAGAUUGCGGAAAUUAUAGAAGAUCGAAUUGGGUGUGUGGAUGCUGUCGGAUUAGGGAAAAGCCAGGUCUAUAUAAUCUCCUUCAAGAACCAGGGAAAAGGGAUACCAAGGCACUGAACAUAGGAAAGCAAAGACCACUGCUCAACCGGCCUGAUAGACUCCUUGGCUUAAUCGAGGUCCAGACAACAUCAUCUUUAUAGAGCCUCAAAUAAGAGAUCAGUAUUGAAGACAGGAAAUUUCUUUUAUGUGCUAUAGACAGCUCUUCAAUUGAAGAUUCACAGAUGAAGAAGCUAUUCUUCUUUAGAUCUUCUGCACCAAACAGUGGAAACAGCAAUGCAGUCCCUCAACCGGCGACUGAUAAGCAAGUUUAUUGGGAGAAUCCAUCAGAAACUGGAAUGAACAGUGACAAGGUCGAGAACAGUUAUAGAAACCCCAAGGGUUUGUUCUCAAAAGCUCAGAAACACACAUCUGAAAGUCAGAGCUCAGGACCUUCAGCUCUUAGGCGGAGCCGCUCAUUCUCAUCACCAGCUUUUCAUGGUGGUGGGUUGGAACCAAGGAAUUGGUCCUGUUUGAGUGAUCAAAGCAGAUCUCCCAGCAGUAAUACUAGUGUUCAACCUCAUUCAUCUCGUCGUUGUACUCCUGAAAGGCAAUCCAAGGGAAAACAAUUUGAAGCAGAAGUUAUGAGGAAUGCACAUGGAUUAGAGAGGCCUGGUUCAGCUGGUUCUUCCAGAGCUGGCAAUGAUUUCUCUGAGAGCUCAUCAUUUUGUUCUAGUAAUGUCUCAGGUAAAGUUUUGGACCGGUUCAUUGAUGGAGAACAGCAACAGGAAAUGAGCAGGCUGAAGAACAGUUAUUCUCAAAAGAACCAUGCUGGGAAUGGAAAUGGUGGAGGGAGGCGUCCACCACGAGUUCAAUACACGGCACCCACUUCACCAACUGAUAGUAUGAAAGAGAACCCAAGGUCCUGUUUGUUUGGAGAAACAGUAGGAACGCGCCUUUACUUUUCAUCUAGAGAUUGGGCGGAGAAUGGGUUUGGACAUGAAUCUCCACGGAAACUUGCGAAGAAUGUAAUUGAGAGGCUCUCCCAGAGCCAUGUUUUGCACAAAACAAGUUCAACAAAUUAUGAUUCUGAUAUUCCGAUCACUAUUGAAGAUAUCUAUGGUGAAUCCUUGAAUGGAUGCCCUGGUUCAAAUUCAGAUGGGGUUGCCCAAAAAGUUUACCCAUUGGAUGGACCUUAUGAAGCAAUUGAUGGGUAUGAUGGGAAGAAUUUCUCAGGUUCUCAUAAACAAAAUAAUUUUCUUGCUGACAAUUGUGGGUGUUGGAACCAUGCUGAAACUAAAGAUGACAUGGAUGUUGAGUUGCAUAGAGCUUCUAAGGAAGCUGAGGAGAGAGUUGCAUUACUUUCUGAAGAGCUUGAGCAGGAGAGCUUUCUUCGGGAUGGUGGGUUCGGGUUGCCAGCACUGAUUCAGACAAUUAGAGACCUAACAGAGGAAAGGAUGAACUUGGCACUCGAGGUUUCAAGCCUUCUACAGCAUCGAAUUGCUGAGAGGGCUGCUGCCAAAGAAGAACUCAAAGUGGCAAAGGCAGAACUGGAUGCAAGAACACGAAGACUUGAGAGAGAGAAGAACGAGUUGCAGUCUGGAUUGGAGAAAGAAUUGGACAGAAGAUCAAGCGAUUGGUCAUUCAAGCUUGAGAAAUAUCAGUCAGAAGAGCAGAGGCUUCGUGACCGCGUAAGGGAGCUUGCAGAGCAGAAUGUUUCACUUCAAAGAGAAGUCUCUUCCUUUAAUGAGAGGGAAGCAGAGAGCAGAAGAUUGAUAACAUAUUCAGAAUCACAAACGAAGGACCUGACUGCAAGGGCAAAGGAGACAAUGGAGAAGAAUCAAGGACUACAGCAAAAUCUUUCUGAGCUAAAAGAGAAGUACAGAGCAGCAGAAGAAGAUCGAGAUUGCUUCAAAAGAAAUUAUGAAGAGAAAGAGGAGGAGGGGAAGGAGUUACACAAAUCCAUUACAAGGUUACUGAGAACAUGCAGUGAACAAGAGAAGACAAUUGAUGGGUUGAGACAGGGACUAAGUGAGGCAAUUGGGAAGAAUGAUAAGCAAAUUGGAAAAUUGCAAAGUGAGCAGAUGAGAUUAACAGGAGUAGAACAGGCUUUAAGAAGGGAGGUGGAAUCUUACAGGCUUGAAAUUGAUUCUCUUCGCCAUGAGAAUAUUAGCCUAUUGAGCCGUCUAAAAGGCAAUGGGAAAGAGGGCGCUUAUUUUACUUUCAAGCUAGAUCAGGAACUUUUGACCCGUAUUUGCUGCUUGCAAAAUCAAGGGCUGUCCUUGCUCAAUGAGAGCACCCAACUAUGUUCGAAGUUACUGGACUUUAUCAAGGGGAAAGCACGGCAAAUUGUAGAAGCUAAGCAGGGCAUAGAAGUUAUCAAUAAAGGCUUGGAUGGACAAUUUGUUGUCGAGUCUGGCAUGAAAAUCCAGGGUUUCAAGCGUGGAAUAGAAAGUUUAACUAGGAGUUUGCAGACAAUGUCUGCUUUGCUGCAUGAAAAGCCCAAUCCUGCUUUCAAGCCUCGAUCACAGAGCGCAGAGGAUGAUAGAUUAAAUCAACUAAAUGAACAAACCUCGGAGGAUAUUAUAAAAUUUGAACUCAAAGCAGAAGCUUUGCUAACAAAUUUAUUACGAGAAAAGCUAUAUUCUAAAGAGUUGGAAGUUGAGCAAUUAAGAGCUGAGCUUGCAGCAGUGGUAAGAGGUAAUGACAUCCUCAGAACUGAAGUCCAAAAUACACAGGAUGACCUUUCCUGCGCAACACACAAAUUGAAGGAUCUUGAGCUUCAGAUGCCGAAGAAGGAUGAGAAUAUAAAUCGCCUUCGAACUGACUUCGAAGAAUCCACAAAGCAAUUGACCAUCAUGAAGGGAAUACUCUCCAAAGUGUCUGGGGAGAGAGAUCUGAUGUGGGAGGAAGUCAAGCAAUGCAGUGAGAAGAACAUGCUACUGAAUGCUGAGGUUAACGUACUGAAGAAGAAGAUAGAGGCACUUGAUGAAGAUUUACUUUUGAAAGAAGGUCAGAUUACCAUUCUUAAAGACAGCCUAGGCAACAAACCUUUUGACCCCUUUGCUAGUCUUGAUUCGACGCGAGAAUUCCUGCUGGAGUAAUUAACAGAGGUCGGAGGCUUUUCUGUUGGAUAAAGUUAACUAAACUGUUCAUAGCCUUACACUUUUUGUUUGUGUUUCUGGGGUUCCUUUUGUUUUUUUUCUCUUAUACUCCCCCUUCUCGUAUCAUUGAAAUCUUUGAUGAGUAAGAAGUGGAAAUAUACCAGGAUUCUUUUGUAAUCUGUUUCUAUAAUUGUAGUUGGGCUUCCCUGUUUGCUGAAAAUCCAGAUGAACGCAGUCUUGUUAUUGUGUUAACGGAGUUGAUAAUUUGUUUUCAGGAAUUUAUCCACUGUAAAGCUUUUGUUUUAUUCCUUCUG